UGCUCUUAGUGCAUCUUGGGUAAAAAGACCGCGCUGCAUCAUGGAUCGUUCUCUUUACAAAUUCGUCCUUCGUCAAAAUGGGAAAACCCCGAGGACUUCGUACUGCCCGUAAACUCCGCUCGCACAGACGAGACCAAAAAUGGCACGACAAAGCAUACAAGAAGGCUCAUUUGGGAACCGCUCUCAAGGCUAACCCUUUCGGUGGCGCCUCGCACGCCAAGGGAAUCGUCCUCGAGAAAGUUGGUGUAGAGGCCAAACAGCCCAACUCUGCUAUCAGGAAGUGCGUCCGUGUCCAACUUAUCAAGAACGGCAAGAAGAUCACAGCAUUCGUCCCUAACGACGGCUGCUUGAACUACAUUGAAGAGAACGACGAGGUCCUCAUCUCUGGAUUUGGUCGUCGUGGUCACGCUGUUGGUGAUAUCCCCGGGGUACGGUUCAAGGUUGUCAAGGUGGCUAAUGUCUCUUUACUUGCACUCUUCAAGGAGAAAAAGGAGAGACCACGAUCUUAGAUGUAAAGGAUGAAUUAAAUAAAUUACAUUCCACUCUUAA